AUGGAAAUAUCACAAUUAUUACCAAAAUUUAAAAUUGAAAAGAUAAUUAAAGAAUGGUUAGAAGAGGAUAUCCCAUCAUUUGAUUAUGGUGGUUGUGUUGUUGGUAGUGACGAAAAGGUAGCACAUUUAUUGGGUAAACAAAAUGGUGUGUUUAGUGGAUCAAUAUUUUUUCAAGAGAUAUUUAAUCAAUUAGGAUGUAAAGUUAUUUGGUUCAUUAAAGAUGGUGAAUCAUUCUCAAUGACACACGGACCAGAGAAGAAUAAACCACAAGUUUUAGCUCAUGUAAUUGGUCCAGUUAGAAAUAUAUUAAUUGGUGAAAGAUUAUCAUUAAAUAUUCUAUCAAGAUCAUGUGGUAUAACAACCCAAGGUUAUAAUGUAAAGAAAUUAGUAGAUGGUGAUAAUGAGCAACAACAACAACAACCAUGGAAAGGUAAAAUAGCAGGUACUAGAAAGACCACACCAGGUUUCAGAUUAGUCGAGAAAUUGGCCUUGUUAACAGCAGGUUUGGAUACCCAUAGAAUGGAUUUAUCAAGUAUGAUAAUGUUAAAAGAUAAUCAUAUUUGGGCAUGUGGUAAUAUUACAAACACUGUAAAGAAUGCCAGAUCAGUUGGUGGUUUCUCUCUAAAGAUUGAAGUGGAAUGUAGAAAUCAAAAUGAAGCUAUCGAAGCAAUCGAAGCUGGUGCUGAUAUUGUAAUGUUAGAUAAUUUCAAUCCACAAGAUUUACAAACAGUAUCAACUUAUUUAAAACAACAUUAUCCACAUAUUACACUCGAAGCAUCUGGUGGUAUCACCUCUGCUACCAUCAUUCAAUAUGCUAUACCAACUAUUGACAUCAUUUCAAUGGGUAAUUUAACUCAAGGUGUACCACAUAUUGAUAUAAGUUUAAAAAUUCAAAAACAAUAA